AUGUCACUUUUACUUCAGCAUUUGAGAUGGAUGAUAUCUGGUUUUAAUAGAUCAGCAACAGUAAACCCUAAGAGGUUGGAGAAUACUGAUGUGAAGCCUUUGCCUCUCCUCUUGCCAGAGCAGAAGCAACAACUACCAGUGAAGCCCAACAAUCUCAAAACUAAUUAUAAAAGGCCUAAUAAGCCAAUGUUGGAGGCUGUGCAUGAGAUUGCCAUUUAUAUUCAUCGAUUUCACAACCUAGACCUAUUUCAGCAAGGAUGGUAUCAAAUUAAGAUUACAAUGAGGUGGGAAGAUGGUGAUUAUGGUUCUUUGGUAACUCCAGCUAGAGUUAUUCAAUAUGAAGCUCCUGAAUUGGGAUCUGAUGAUGUACAUGGAGUGUGGAGAAUUGACGACACAGACAACAGUUUUUCAACACAACCUUUCCGUAUCAAAUACGCAAGGCAGGAUAUUCUUUUGUCCAUGAUGGUCUCUUUCAACUUAUCUCUCAGUGAAUUUGAGGGUCCAUCCACAUUAGCUGUUAUUCUGAAAUUUGAGCUCAUGUAUGCUCCUGUACUUGAGAAGAGGUCUAAUUUGCAGGUGUCAUUGGAUGCAAGCCCAACUGCAGUCCAUGAAUUUCGGCUUCCCCCUAAAGCUCUUUUGGGGUUGCAUUCCUAUUGCCCUGUUCAUUUUGAUGCUUUUCAUGCUGUGUUAGUUGAUAUAACUGUACACGCGUGCAUGCUGAAAAGUGGGUUAUCCUCUGCUUCCCUGGAAGUACCAAGUGAUUCUGGAGCUGAUGAAGAUGCUAUUGUUGGACAUUGCGAUAAGUCAAAGCACGACAUUCUUGUCAAAGAAUUAUCAAGUGCUCGUGACAUACUCAUUGAAGAGCUACAAAAGCUUAGCAAGGCUAUCAAUCAACCAAUUGAUAUGGAAGAUGUUAACCGAUUAUGUGCUAUCAAUUUAAGAUCUGAUCUGGAAAAAACCAAUGCUGAAAGUUCUGGACAAAUUUCAAGCAACCUCCAAAAUGGUUCUGAGAAACCAAAUGGUGGGGUAGAUUUUCAAGCAGAUGGUUUUCCAUAUUCCUUAUCUAAGGAUACAUCUAGCUCAUUUGAUUCAAUUGGAAAUCAAAUUUUCUACCUAUGGAGUAUGUUUCUGAAUUUUCACAGGGCUAACAAAACAAAGAUCCUUGAAUUUCUGUGCAACCAAUGGGCUACUGAUCGUAAAGCUGAAUGGUCAAUCUGGAUGGUUCACACUAAGGCUGAGAUGCCUCACCAGUAUAUAAGUAGUGAGGUGGCCGAGUCUUCUUACCACGCAUUGCAUGGUAAAGCACCAGUUCUACGGAAGUUAACUGGCGAUCCUGUCCAGACUGCGGCUAUGCGAGCAGAGCUUCAUAGGCGAAGUAUUGCACAAAUGAGGAUCAACAAUCGGUGUAUUCAAGAUAUGCAUAUAUUUGGAGAUCCAUCUCGCAUUCCCGUUGUAAUUGUAGAACGUGUUGUGGAUGUACCUUUGCGUUCAGGCAGUGGAAAUUCUUACUUCAGCCAACUGGACGAAAAAGGUAAAAGCAGUCUAAUCUCUGGUGGUGACUCUACUCCCACAAACAAGUUAUCUUUUGCCAGCACUCGUCAAAGCGGUCGUGUCCUGAAGAUUGUAGUUUUUGUCCAUGGAUUUCAGGGACAUCAUCUGGAUUUACGGCUUGUCCGGAAUCAAUGGCUUCUGUUAGAUCCCAAGGUAGAAUUUCUUAUGUCAGAGGUUAAUGAAGAGAAAACGUCUGGAGACUUUAGGGAAAUGGGACAAAGAUUGGCACAGGAAGUUGUGUCUUUUGUGAAAAAGAAGAUGGACAAAGUCUCAAGAUCUGGAGUCCUCAGAACCAUUAAGCUUAGCUUUGUUGGACAUUCCAUUGGAAACAUUAUUUUGAGAACUGCGUUAACAGAUAGCAUUAUGGAACCAUAUCUUAGAUACUUGCAUACUUAUCUUUCUGUUUCCGGACCACAUCUAGGUUACCUAUACAGUUCAAACUCUUUAUUUAAUGGUGGUUUAUGGCUCUUGAAAAAGCUCAAGGGCACGCAGUGCAUUCAUCAGCUGACUUUUACGGAUGAUCCUGAUCUUCAAAAUACAUUCUUGUACAAACUUAGCAAGGAAAAGACAUUGGAGAAUUUCAGGAAUAUCAUUCUGUUAUCUUCACCCCAGGAUGGUUAUGUUCCAUAUCAUUCUGCUAGGAUUGAAAUGUGCCCAGCUUCUUCAGGCGACUCCUCAAAAAAAGGCAAAGCUUUCUUGGAGAUGCUUAACAAUUGCUCGGACCAAAUACGUGCACCAUCUGCUGAGCACCGGGUAUUCAUGCGAUGUGAUGUUAAUUUUGACAUCUCAUUGCAAGGGAGAAACCUCAAUACCAUAAUUGGACGGGCUGCUCAUAUAGAGUUCCUCGAAACAGACAUCUUUGCAAGUAUAUUCUCGAGCCUUCAUCGAGCACCAUCGAACCUCCAACUUUUAGACAGAAGGAACGAUGUUAUCACUGAAUCUUGGGGACGGUAUUCCCGAAGGUACCAUCAAGCUUAUAUGAGGACAGGAAGAGCAACAUUUUGGCAACUUACAAGCCUUCAGGCAUUUUGGCCUGGCCAGCAGAUUUUCCUGCUAUCCAAUUGA